AUGAAUGGCGCUUUAACCACAGCUAACAUGGGUCCGAAUGGCGACAUUUCAAACUUUGAUGCAUCUCAAAUGGAGUCGACAAUUCAAAAGGGUGAUUAUUCAAUCAGGUACUCUAUUCCUGAGACAAGGGAGGAUUUGAAUAGCAUAUUGACCCAGUACUAUAAACUAUUACUUAGUUCUAAAAGAUUGAAGGAAGAAGGCUUGAAUGACAAACUAAACUCACACCCGGAAGACCCCAAUUUUCGAGAGAAAGCCGCAAUUGAAUCUGUAUUAUCCAAAAUUGAUAAGCAGCAAAAGAGCUUUCAAGACGAGGAAUCAGAAUUCACAAGUGCUUUGCUGAGCGCUGAGGUGGAGGACGGUUUAGACUUGGAGUUAUUGGGGAAGCAGGUAGCGGGGUUUUCGUUGUUAUCCAAGGACUAUGACCUUCCGGAGAGUUUGCAGCGGCAAUUUGCAGCACCCAUUUCAACCAGGGGAAACAAGGCGCUUGCGGAUGACAUCGUGACUGAAUUAACAAAAUCGAAUAUAGAUUUCGAAGCCAGAGCAAAGGAAUACGGAAUCGAUACAAGCUCACCAUUGUCAGCUCCAAAUCCAAAAUACGCACCAUUGGGAAACACAUACAUUGAAAAAAUAAUCACUAAUAAAAUUGCGCAAAGGUUGAAGGAGCUUGAGAAUUUACCCGCCAAUAUUGGAACUUUUGAUGGCGAUGGUUUUGAUGAUUUGAAAAUCAAAGCUUUAAUAGAGUUAAAGGGACUUCGUUUAUUAAGCAAGCAGAAGCAGCUCAAGCACGCUAUUAUUUCUCACGAGUCGCAACAAGUCAAGUACAAUCAUCCGCAUCUCAAAGACCUUCCCAUUUGUUUACUGGAAAAGAGAUCAUUUAGUUUAAGGCCCAAGAUUGAACAACAAAACCCCCAGUUGUUGGCAGUGCAGUUGGAGCAAUUAAAGAAAGAAGAGGCUAGAGAAUUGAAACGUCUGUUGCAUAUCGCCAAAGUUGAUCAAAUAUUGGAGAGCACUCUUGAAAGAAGCGACAAAAAGCUAAUCACCAGCAAUUACAGGAAUUAUCUUUUGGUCAAACAAUUGAACAAUUUCCAUCAAAUAACUGAAAAGGAAGAGAGUAAGAAGCUUGAAAAGAAUGCCAAACUGAGAUUGCAAGCCUUGAAGGCCAACGAUGAAGAAGCCUACCUCAAGCUAUUGGACGAAACAAAGGAUCAUAGAAUUACCCAUCUUUUGAAACAAACUAAUCAAUUCUUGGACUCCUUAACUGAGCAAGUGAGAGCACAGCAGGAUGAAGCUAAUGGAACUUUGGCUACACCAAGAAGUGCCAGUCCAGAAGUUAUGGUAACAACCCCUGCAAAUGCUGAAGAUGGUACUGGAGGGGUGCUAGCUGAUAGCAAAGAGGAGUUGCGUGAAAAGACCGACUACUAUGAAGUUGCGCAUAAAGUGAAGGAGAAGAUAGAGGAACAACCGACAAUUUUGGUGGGUGGUAAAUUAAAAGAAUAUCAAAUGAAAGGUUUGGAAUGGAUGGUUUCGCUUUAUAAUAACCACCUUAACGGUAUCUUGGCCGAUGAGAUGGGGUUGGGUAAAACGAUUCAGUCAAUCUCAUUGAUAACCUAUUUGAUUGAGAAGAAACAUGAGUCAAAGUUUUUAGUAAUUGUUCCACUUUCAACUAUAACAAAUUGGACGUUGGAGUUUGAGAAAUGGGCCCCAUCGGUCAAGGUCAUUGUCUACAAAGGGUCACAACAACAAAGAAGAUCAAUGCAAUCAGAUGUAAGAUAUGGGAACUUUCAAGUAAUGCUCACUACUUAUGAGUAUGUUAUUCGUGAACGUCCUUUGCUAGCCAAAUUCCAUUACUCGCAUAUGAUUAUUGAUGAAGGGCACAGAAUGAAGAAUGCAAAUUCCAAGCUUUCCCAGACAUUGAGACAGUAUUACAAGACCAAAAACAGAUUGAUUUUAACUGGUACACCAUUGCAGAACAAUUUACCAGAGUUGUGGGCUUUGCUUAAUUUUGUUUUGCCGAAAAUUUUCAAUUCGGUGAAAUCGUUUGACGAAUGGUUUAAUACACCCUUUGCAAAUACGGGAGCACAAGAGAAAAUCGAGUUGACAGAAGAAGAGUCGUUGUUGGUUAUUCGAAGAUUGCACAAAGUCUUGAGACCGUUCCUUUUGAGAAGAUUGAAGAAGGAUGUCGAAAAGGAUUUGCCUGAUAAAGUCGAAAAAGUGUUGAAGUGUAACUUGUCUGGGUUACAGUAUGUUCUUUAUCAGCAAAUGUUGAAGCAUAAUGCGUUGUUUGUGGGUGCUGAGGUUGGUGGUGCCAAGAGUGGAAUCAAAGGCCUAAACAACAAGAUUAUGCAAUUGCGAAAAAUCUGUAAUCACCCGUUUGUGUUUGAGGAAGUUGAAACGGUGUUGGAUUCACUGAAAUUGACCAAUGACUUGAUAUGGAGAACAAGUGGUAAGUUUGAACUUUUGGACCGUAUAUUGCCCAAAUUCAAAAAGAGUGGACAUCGUGUGUUGAUGUUUUUCCAAAUGACACAAAUCAUGGAUAUAAUGGAGGAUUUCCUUCGAUUUAGAGAUUUGAAGUACUUGCGGUUGGAUGGUUCCACAAAAGCCGAUGAACGUCAAGAUAUGUUGAAGGUGUUUAAUGCUCCGGAUUCCGAUUAUUUUUGCUUUCUUUUGUCCACGCGUGCUGGUGGGUUAGGUUUGAAUUUGCAGACUGCCGAUACUGUCAUCAUUUUUGAUACGGAUUGGAACCCACAUCAAGAUUUGCAAGCUCAGGAUCGUGCUCAUAGAAUUGGUCAAAAGAAUGAAGUUCGUAUCUUGAGAUUAAUCACCAAUGAUUCAGUUGAAGAAGUGAUUUUGGAAAGAGCUCAUCAAAAAUUGGACAUUGAUGGCAAAGUUAUCCAAGCGGGUAAGUUUGAUAACAAGUCUACUGCUGAAGAGCAAGAAGAGUUUUUGAAACGUUUGUUGGAAGCAGAUGCAACUGGGGGUGAUAAUGAUGAAAAUGAUUCUCUUGAUGAUGAGGAGUUGAAUGAGAUUUUGGCAAGGUCGGAGAAGGAGAGGGAGUUGUUUACCGAAAUGGACGACGAAAGAAAGCAACAAGAUCCAUAUGGCAGUCACAGACUAAUUGAAAAGACCGAGUUGCCAAAGAUAUUCACCGAAGACAUUUCGCAUCAUUUCGAGAAAAACACUCAAGAGCUUGGCCGUAUGAGAGAAAAGAAGAAAGUUGUUUACGAUGACGGAUUGAGUGAGGCCCAAUGGUUGAAAGCGAUGGAUGACGAUAAUGAUAGUGUGGAAGACGCCAUCAAACGCCGAAUGUCGCGCAUCAAUGCAAGAAAGAGAAAUAAGGCUAUAAGGGAAGGACUCUUGGUUGAGGAUAUCAAUGAUGAUGAAGUUGGUGAAGAGGAUGACGAGGAGUUUGAGGCUGCUGCUCAGCCAAGAAAGAGGCAACGUCGUUCAAGAACUCCGGUAAGCAAGAUUCUCAAGGAUGAUGUCGAAGUUUCAGACAUUGAAGAAAACAUUGACGUGAAUGAGGGUGGCACAAAUGGAAAUGUUGUUUCUGAUGAAUUGGAAUCGCAAUGCCUUGCCGCCUUGGACGAGAUUUUGGAUUUGACUGAUGAAGCAGAUGGACAUAAAGUUAGUGACAUCUUCUUGAAAUUGCCUUCUCGGAAGAUGUACCCGGAUUAUUUUUCAGUUAUAAAGAGUCCAAUCUCCAUAAAUGAAAUCCGGAAAAAGAUCAAGAGUGAAGAGUAUGCAUCGUUUGAUGAUUUUAUUGCUGAUUUAAAACUAAUGUGCUCCAAUGCCAAAGUGUACAACGAAGAAGAGUCAUUUGUGUACACUGAUGCCUCAAGCAUACAAGCUUUCAUCGAUUCAAAAAUUGGCGCUAAUUGA